AUGCUCAUCGGCUGUCUCGUCGGAGGCCUGGCUGCCGUGAGCCUCAUAUACUUCUGCUUCAACUGCGUUUUCUCUCCCAAGCCGCGGAAAAAGAUGGACCAUCAAGUACAGCAUGUCCACCCUCACAAGCCUCCUAUACAUAAAUCUCAUAUCCAUCACGUACAUUCGAAGCCUGAAAUGGAUGCCCACGUACAUUCUGCCCGUCACCCGCACGUCCAUGGGUGGACGCAUCGUCAUCACCACCACCAUCAUAAACACGGCCAUCAGCAUCACCAUGCCAAACGAAAGGCGAAGCCCAAGAAGACUUGCAAGAAAGCAAAGCGGAAGGCCAAGGUGAAGUCUAACCGCAGGAGUAAACAUUCUUCGCAGCCUCGAGAGCCUACGAUACGAUUCAUGCCUACGCCUCCCAUGACGGCUAUGCCCAUGCAUCCAGCUCCGGUAGCUGGUAUGGGAAUGGGAAUGGGAAUGGGCAUGGUUCCCGGUAUGGACUUGCCGCUGGGCGACGGCUUCAUCGACUACGGGCCGGCGCCUGGCCAGGAUAUGGGAUUAGAAAUGGGAUGGGGCGUAGACCCCAACUUCCGGCUGGAGCAGUUCGCUACGGAAGACGAUAUACAUGGUGACAGGGAGGUGACUUGUAACGAGUGCUGCUACUCGUUCUUUGAUUCUUUGUGCGGUAUCCCGCCGGAAGCUCGAGAUCUGAGAAGGGAGGCCGCUGGUAAUGGAGCUGCGAUUGUGAAUGACAAUGAGAUGGAGGCUGUGUAA